AUGAUAAUUUUUUCUCUAUCAAGCUCAUUUACCAGGAAGCGCUUAUUUCAGCUUAGUGUUUCAAAUAUCAAAUGCCAGGUAGCUACCGUAUUCACGGUCACCCAGGCAGGCAAAAGCUGUAACUAUCAAGAUGACGAUUUCUUCCGCUUUACUCGUGGGCGCUUUGUCUCGGAUGAGGCAGAACAAUUACGGCGGAGAUACGUCAAAUUCAAUAUGAACGAGCUUGCAGCCAUAGCAGCAAAGGUUACGGGCGCAACCAAAUGCAUCGACGUCCAGAAAUGCCCUGAUGGCCUAUAUAAUAAAGCUUUCCUACUUACCAUGGACAACGGAAAAGAAGUUAUCGGCAAAAUACCCAAUCCCAACGCAGGGCCGGCGCAUCUAACAAUAGCCAGUGAAGUUGCUACCAUGGAAUUUGUCUAUGCGUGGAAUUCCAAGGUAAAUGGAGAUAACCGCGUUGGAGCCGAGUACAUCAUUAUGGAACGGGUCCCUGGGGUACCUCUAGGGCUAGCCUGGGACUCGCUUGAACCUCCCGACAAGCUCAAGGUUUUCUUACAGAUAUUCGAAUACCAGAAAAGGUGGACGGCGGAAAAGUUUUCCCAGUUUGGUAGCCUCUACUACACCAAGGAUCUUCCCACUAAUGCCUUGACGGAGAACAACCUUUACAUCAAUAGAAAUGGGCAGCCCAUUAAAGACAACCGGUUUGCAAUUGGGCCAUCUAUCAGUCGGGAGUGGUUACAGGAUGGCAGGGAGGAUCUCCAGUGCCAUAGAGGGCCAUACUAUCGUUUGGCAAUUGGCCAUCGAGAGGAGAUGGCAAUCAGGUCGUUGAAAUAUAUCCCAAGCCAAUGUGCUAUACUUCAUGGUCCCGGAGCCUACCAACCAACAGCCGGGAAGAAGCUUGCUGCAGUUAAGCUUUAUUCCCAGAUGCUUGGGCAUAUAUUACCUAGCGAAGCGGGACUCACUUCAGGUCAUCUAUGGCAUAACGAUCUCCACUCGGAAAAUAUAUUUGUCAACCCCGCCAAACCCACGGAAAUUACUGGUAUAAUUGACUGGCAAUCUAUACAAAUAGCUCCUUUGGUCGAUCACUGCCUAGACCCUAGCUUUCUAGGAUACGAAGGCCCUGAUGUUGGUGAAGACCCCCAGCCACCAGCCCUCCGCGAAGACAUUGAUUCUCUUGAACCGGACGAAAGAAGAGCAGCUAUCAAGCGGUUCUACGAUAUGUCUGUCAUGGUAGCGUGGAGAAUGCUUGUGAAGCAAAAGAAUCCCGACCAACAUGCGGCUAUCCGAUUCCGAAAGUCGAAAGCCGGACAUAUGCUGGGUCUCUCGCAGAACUUGUUUGUUUUUGGUGAAGCGCAUUUCCGAGCUCUGGUGUUGGAUCUAAGGGAUGAGUGGGUAAAACUGGGGAAGGAAUUCCCACUCGAGUUUUCCACCGCGGAAAUCUCCGAGAUCGAGGCAGAUGUGAAGGCUGCCGAUAUGGGGAUAGAGGCUAUGAACAUGAUCAUUGAGAAGAUGGGUGAUUUAUGGCCGGAGAAGGGGGUAAUUGAUCAUGAGAACUAUCACAUGGUCAUGGCAAUGCUACAUGAUAUCAAAACGGAUCUCAUUGACCGUGUGGUUCAUUCUCCAGAAGACAGGAAGGCCUUUGACAUGUUUUGGCCAUUUGACUGCUAG